UAUCAUAUCAUAUCAGCGCGCGAUAUCGGCACGUACCGUACCGCGCCGGUACAUCAUCAUAUCCGGAAGUAUUUCGCUGUAAAUUGCAGGCUAAUCUUCUCUCGUAUAUUCCUCUGAAAUCUGCCUUUCCAUACUUCGGACUUUGUCAUACUUGUAAACCGUCGACACUUCUGCGUACUACUUGACGAAGACAAGCCAUGUACGGACGGGGAGAGCCUCUAACCCAACAUGACAGGAUACCUCGACAUCCGCUAGCACUGCACGCUGAGUGAAAUCCGCCGAGACCUAAACACACUCGAAGCCCAGACUUCAGGAAACCGGGGAUUGAUGACGUCAUACCAGCCACGGGGGUGAUGAACGGUGUCUGUGCAGACGAUCAUGAGCUAGUCUUUGGAUUAUAUAUAUUACUGUACCCUGGACGAAUCCUGCAAUAUGUACAUGCGGACUUGAUUGGAGUUUGAACUCAUCACAAAUUACAGUCAUUAACGGAUGAGACAGCGGAUGACCUGACGUGACCUCAAAUACACAAUACUUGGAUCUCAGCGCUGAAUAACACCACUCGUCGUCCGACUAUCAAGACAACAUUUAUCUCUAACUCAUUACUUCGCCAUUGGUACUGCAAGAACUUCAAGAUGGUUUCUCACAUCCGUUUGGAGAACACUCAGAAUUACAAGCAGCAGGUGUGUUUGUCCGUCAUGACCGGCCUGUAUGGAUGCAGGUGGAAACGAUAUCAACGAUCAACAGAACCUACUACAAAGUUUGAGAAGCUAUGGGCUGUCUUAGUGGUCGUGUGCUUCGCCUUCAUCGUGAUGUGGCUGUAUUACUGGGUGAUGGCACAAAAUGACAUUGCAGAUUUCAAUUGGUUUAUUUACACCAUGUUGGGAGGAUGGUUUGAUUGGUUCAUGCUGCUGUAUAUUCUGACCAUACUCACACUCGUCUAUGUGGGAAUACUACUGGUAUUAGCCAUUGCUCACUGCAUAACAGGACGGCAGCUAUACCUCCAUUGGGUCCAUAAAAUCCCUGUAGUCUUGGUGCUUGCUGCGUGUGUGGUUGUUGUGAUUCUUCUCAGCGAGCUUUGGAGGAGUGAAUGGGUCUUAGUUGGAAUAACAUUACAGGUGACAGCACCUGUUGUUCAGAUAGUUGCUGUGGUGAUCCUGACGGUAUUAGCCUGGCCGCUCUCCGGACUGUGGUGGGGAAGUCUUCACAUAGCCUACCGGUGCGUUGCCGUCAUAGCAUACGUCCUCUUGCUGCUGUUUGUGUAUCUGUCUCCGCUAAUCAUGCAAAAACCGUGUGUGGUCAGAACAGAAGACCUACCAACUAAGCCACCAAUCAUAGCCCACAGAGGAGCCCCACAGCUUGCUCCUGAGAAUACCAACAUUUCGUACCAGACAGCAGCUGAGUAUUCUGUGUAUGGAUUUGAGACGGACGUAAAAAUAAGCUGGGAUGGUGUGCCCUUCUUAAUGCACGACAGUACUCUUGCAAGAACCACCAACGUGCAUGAAGUGUUUCCAAACAGAACGGACAAAUUGUCGGAGAGCUUCACCUGGGAAGAAUUACAGCGAUUGGACGCUGGCUCCUGGUUUCUGCAGCGGGACCCGUAUCACAAGCUGAAAUACGUGCCUGAGAAGACCAAGGAGAAAUACAAACAGCAGAAGAUUCCAAGUUUUCAGGACUUCUUGAGGCUGGCUAUCCAGUACAACAAGUCCGUCGUCUUUGACUUGAGUAAGCCGCGGGAGGGACAUCAUUUCAGACAUAAUUACACGCAGGUGGUCGUCGACAUCAUCCUGGCUUCGGGAAUCCAACAAGAAAAGGUCUGGUGGCUACCGAAUGAAAAUCGGACUUGGGUCGAAGAAAAAGCACCGGGAUUCAUACAGACAGCUGAAGGCAGAUACGAUGUUAACAUACUUCUUAAUGAAAACAUCGGUAAUGUCAAUGCGAUGUAUUCAGAAGUCAACCAAGAUGACAUCAGAUUAUAUGCGGAGAAUAGCAUCAACACCAGUAUCUAUGUCAUCAACACACCCGGCUUAUACUCGGUGUAUUGGUGUGUCGGUGCACAUACGAUCACCAGCAGCGCGAGCCAGGAUCUGUAUGACAUUCAGUCCCCUAUUUGGCACAUGACGCCGACUGCAUUCCUAAUUGUGAGCAUAGUGAUUGGCGUGGCGUCUGCUGUCUGCGUUCUGACUAUAUUUAUCGUUCAGAGAUGUCGUCAUCCUGCCAGAGAGGUCAACCCUGAGUCCAUAUCACUCCAUUCCCCUCGGCAUUUUGCCAGCAGCACCACGAAGAAGAGCGAUCGCGAAUUACUCUAUCGCACAAACGAAGACACGACGUUUAAUCCUGCGCACGCACCCGGCAAAAACAUACAGAUAGGCAGUAUUCCUAAGGAUGGGGAGACGCCUCCAACAGUGCUGGAAGAAGAAGAGCCACCUGUGUACGAAGAUGAUUUGGAGACAAUGGGAGUAAGUUCAGCUGCUGGACCAGCCAACAUUCACCAGGAGGUCAAGAUGCAGUUAGAGUGAAACGCCAAGCAUGGUCCUUCCAGUAAUGGUUGUCACUCCCUGUGGUCUCUCUGUUUGGAGGCUGUUCGGUACUGGAAUGUGUACUACAGCGACGAAACCAUUUGUGACAUCAUCAUGACAUCAUUUGUCAACUACAACAAUUACGUUCCUUGCCAGAAAUGUCAUUCCCUCUGUUCCAAAUGUGCAAAUUCCUGUCAUUAUUGUGAAAUUAUGUGCAAAUCUCCGUCAUUUUAUACCGCAUGUUUCCAAAUUACAGAUAUCAAAAUAUUUAAUACACUUUUGAGGCGAAAGAGAAAAAGUCAUAUGGCAAUAUGUAAUUUCAUUCUUGUUCCAGCCUUUUCCUGAUAUAUUUUUCAGCAUCCUCAAGGUGUGUGCAUUUUUUUUGAAUUAUUUUUCAAUUUU